ACCCUUGCCCUCCAUCCCCCGGCUCAUAAUACAGCACGGCACAGGGCACUUGCGCUGACUGACUUGAAGACUGAGAUUGAGGCAGCGGUUUCAGCGGUGCUUGCAGCAUAAACGAAACACGGCCGUUUCCAUCAUAUUAUCCAUUUGUAUGAGACAGUGGAUGACGGAGGAGAAUUGAAGCGAAAGAAGCACAAGGUAGCUGCAGGCAGACAUGGCUCUUCGCCGCCUUCACAAGCAGUUUUUCAGCAUUCACCAGGAUUCACUGCAGGGCACAGCCUCCAAUCCCGCGCGCCCCUCGCUAGAUGAUUCACCGGGCACCAGAACCUUAACACCAGCUUCUGCCGGCACCGUCAACGCCAUGCCGAGUCGCGCCGCCUCCGUUUCCAAGCAGGCUCAGGUCCUGGGCAGGACGGCCACGAUCCGCAGCGUGCCCAGUUUCGAGGGCUCUGAGACGAGUCCCGAGAGCAACGGGCUGUCCAGCAGCGUCACCAGCAAGGCCAGCGGACUGUCCACCGUGGCGUCUAACGGGACGAUCGAGGAGGCGCCAUCCCCGAAACCUAAUCUCGACACCACUACCGUUCCUGAGGUGCCUGAGCCUGAGGCCCCCAUCGAAGUCGUCGGUCCCAUACCGAGAGUCAUAACCCCGGCACCGCCAGAAGAGAACGGCGGCUUGGGAGACGGAGAUCUCGACCACCAGGACAGUGCGCAAUGGGAUUCGACAAUUGGCAAGGCCGGUCUGGGAAAGACGGGUCGAGUCAUCAACAAGCUCGUCAGCGACAAUGACGCCCUAAAGCGCGAGAUCAAGAUUGAGAAACUGCGCGCGGAAGAGGCCAAGCAGGCGGCCAAGCUGGUCGAGGACAAGAUGGAGCGCAUGGUCAGCGACUACGAAAGCCGACUGCUGGAAGCAAACGUCACCAAGACACUGCUAGCGAGAAAAGAACGCCAGGUCGAAACCCUCAUGGCAACGGUCGACAUGGAGAAGAAGAAGGCCGUGGCGGCUCAAGAGCUGGAGCGGAACUGGAGGGACGAGAUGGAAAAGGCCAAGCGCGACGCCAAAACGCAGGCCGACGACGCAACGAGCUAUGCGCAGCUGAUGGAGGGCCGGUACAACGCCAUCUCCUCCCAUUGGCGCGACCAGGGCGACGAGGUCAACAAGGCCAUUGCGACGAUCAAGACGGAAAUCACCACCAUCGUUGACGAGCGCAAGUCGGACGACGAUAAGAUCCAGACACUGCGAGACUUGUGCGAGCAGCAGGACAGCAACAUCCAGAAGCUGAGGCGCGAAAAGGAAGACAUUGCACGCUUGUUUGAGGAGUACAAGAAGGCGCAGGAGGAGAAUCUCAAGGACAUCAAGGAGAACGCCAGGAAGACGGAAGCCGAGCAGCAAAGAAUACUGGAAGAGUCUAGGGAGACGCUGGACAAGCUGAGAUGGGCGCUAAACGUCAAGGCGAACGUCAAGGGUGCUGAGUGAAUGUGAAGCUGCAUGGCAUCACUGCCUUACGCCACGCGCCCCCUUUUGUCUCUACUGUUCUCUCCUCUAUCACGGCCAUAUUCUCCCUCUGGAUUUGCCUUUUUCCUUUUGGCGUUGGAACCACUUUGCGUUUUUUAUCGAAACUGUCGGUGCAUUCUUACGGGGGGACUCUAUGCUCAUGGCUUUUCUUCUUCUUUCUUCUGCUUUGUGUUA